CGAAACCGCACCUAAUUGAAAACUAAAACCGCCCCAGUCCCAAGUCCCAGACUAGCAGGAAAGAGGAUAAACCUCUCUCAGCGCCUCUUAAGUUAACUGCCAAACCUCACAUUGCGAUUUUUUUUUUUUCCCACUCUCAACACUCAACAGCUUGAAAGAAGGAAAAAUGUCAUGCUUUGCUGUUACCCAGCUCCUCUUUGGUAAAUCCCUCACUCUUCCUUCUGCCAGCCCCAUAUUCUAUUCUCUUCCUCUUCCUCUUCACUCGAUUCGCUCAAAUAUCUCUCCUCCAUUGCUUCUCCCCGUUCCCACCCUCCCUUCCCUCCAUCUCUGCCGCUGCACGUCCUCCCCUUCUCCACCUCCUCACCAAGACGAAUUCCAAGAUUUUCUGGACGAAGAAGAAGAAGAAGAAGAAGAAUCUUAUGAGGAUUUUGUCUUGGACGUGGACGCCCUUGAAUCCGAAGCAAAGGAAGCCGUUCGCCGCUAUUCCUCUUCCUUGUCUCGCCAAUUAACCAUUGAGGACGAGACAGAUGAUCUUAAGAGGUUGAGUGGAAAGCAGAAGAGACGUAAAAGUGCAACUAAAAUUAUCCCUGACCAUCUUCUUCCAAGGGUUACAAUAGUUGGAAGGCCAAAUGUUGGUAAAUCAGCAUUAUUUAAUCGCCUUGUGGGGGGCAACAGGGCCAUUGUGGUGGAUGAACCUGGGGUUACCCGGGAUCGUUUGUAUGGUAGAUCCUUCUGGGGAGAUCAUGAAUUUGUGGUGGUUGAUACUGGAGGGGUUCUAAAUGUGUCAAAGUCACAGGCUAAAGUCAUGGAAGACUUAGCUAUUACAACAACUGUUGGUAUGGAUGGCAUCUCAUUACUUUCCAGAGAGGCAGCUGUUGCAAGGAUGCCUUCUAUGAUUGAACGACAAGCUACUGCAGCUGUUGAAGAAGCAUCUGUUAUUAUAUUCCUUGUAGAUGGGCAGGCUGGUCUAACAGCAGCUGAUAUGGAGAUUGCAGAAUGGCUUCGAAAGAGCUACUCAAGUAAAUAUAUUGUCCUUGCAGUGAACAAGUGUGAAUCUCCUCGUAAAGGAAUCAUGCAAGCGUUAGAGUUUUGGUCAUUGGGGUUCUCUCCCAUUCCUAUUUCUGCUUUAUCGGGGACUGGAACUGGGGAGCUUCUUGAUCUUGUUUGUUCAGGGCUGAAAAAGGUUGAGGAUGUAGAAAAUAUGGAUGAGGAAGAAAAUUAUGUGCCCUCAAUUGCAAUUGUUGGUCGACCAAAUGUUGGUAAAAGUAGCAUUUUAAAUGCUUUGCUUGGGGAGGAUAGAACAAUUGUGAGCCCUAUCAGUGGCACCACUCGUGAUGCAAUUGAUACAGAAUUUAUUGGACCUGAUGGCCAGAAGUUCCGGCUUAUUGAUACUGCUGGAAUCAGAAGAAGGGCGUCCAUAGCUUCAUCAGGUACUACCAUAGAGUCUUUAUCGGUGAACAGAGCAUUUCGUGCCAUCCGUCGUUCUGAUGUCGUUGCUCUGGUCAUUGAGGCAAUGGCUUGCAUAACUGAACAGGAUAAUAGAAUUGCUGAGAGGAUAGAGAAAGAAGGAAAGGCUUGUCUGAUUGUUGUAAACAAAUGGGACACAAUACCAAAUAAAAACCAGCAAACUGCAACAUACUACGAGCAAGAUGUUAGGGAGAAAAUGCGCAUGCUUGAUUGGGCCCCAAUUGUUUAUUCAACUGCAAUAGCUGGUCAGAGUGUUGAAAAAAUAAUUGUUGCAGCCAGUACAGUUGAGAAAGAGCGAUUGAGAAGACUUAGUACUGCAAUAUUGAAUCAAGUGGUACGGGAAGCAAUAGCGUUUAAACCCCCUCCUAGGACACGAGGUGGCAGGAGAGGACGCGUUUAUUAUUGCACACAGGCAGCUAUUAGGCCGCCUACAUUUGUUUUCUUUGUUAAUGAUGCAAAACUAUUUCCGGAGACCUACCGGCGUUACAUGGAGAAGCAACUUCGAUCAGAUGCUGGAUUUGUUGGUACUCCUAUUCGACUUCUUUGGCGAAGCAGAAGAAAAUUGGAAAAGGAUGAAGGCAGGGCUGCAACAAGAACAAGAUCAAAUCUUGAUCUAAGUGAAGGAAAAGUAGCAUUAACUACAUGAACAGAUAUUCUUCUUCUUAAACAUAGAUGGGAUUUUUUUCAAUCUACUCUAGAGCUUUGUUCAAAGAAGUUAUGGGAGGACGUCUAAUCCUUUUGCCUCCAACAAGGCUGGUUAGUUGUAUGGCAGCAAUAAGAGAGACCCUCAGCUUCCCAUGAGUCUGAAUGCAGUGCUGAAUACACACAGAUAUUGCAUCCAGAUAUUGUUGUAAAUCUUAUAUAAACAAAAUCUUAAAAGCAACUCUUGGUAAGCACUUGUUUUGGGAAAUACACCUUGAAAGAGAUAGGUUGAAAGUUCAUAUAUGCAUAGUUAAACUGUGAUCAAGAGAUUGUGGUGGAGGGUGUUGUUAUUUGUGAGAGUGAGCUUUGUUGCUAUAGUUAUUCACCAUUUUAGAUAUGUUUCUUUAAGAAAGAAUGCGACAGCUGGUAGUGGUAUGAUACACAUUUAAAACCCUUAUCUUUUUAACCUACGGAAGAUGUCUGCUUCUUAUUGUCUAUUUCAAAUCAAAUGUCAAGGUUGAUCGGAAUGGGCUCGAUACUUGGUAAUCAUUUCUGAACUGAUCUGUUCGAAUAGUGAAAUCUUGAGCAGGUUCUGUCAGAUUACUUUGGACCAAAAUCUUGAGUUUAAUGCAUGCAGUGUA